GGGGGGGGGCUCCCCAGUAGGAGCCGGGAGGGGAUUUUCUCUCCGGAUCAGGCCCUGGGGGGCGACCACGGCUGGGCUCCUGCGUCCGGUUCUGGGCCCCGCAGUUCCACGCAGGGAAGGGAAACCUUAGCGGGGGGCAACAAGGAGGCCCCUGGGGGUCAGGGAAGAUGCAUCGCAGCGAGGCACGGACAGAUCAGCUUUGCGGCCGGAAGAGGGAGAGGGGACGGGAGCCCCGGGUCCCAGGACCUGCAUGGGGGACACCUCCCGGGUCCCAAAGAGCUCUUGAAACGAGCCGGUGAACGGACACGUUCCCGUUGGAAAUAGGCUGCCAUUUCCCCAGCCCUCAGACCAACCUCCGCAGGGAAGGGAACCCCAUCCCAGGAGAGCACCCCCGACCUCCGCCCCCCGGCCUCACCCGGCCCUGCCACAAAACGCUGGAUUUCCACCUGGCCAGUGAGCGAGCGCCAGGAUGGGCCCCUCGAGGAUGCUGCAGAGGCAGAGCUGGGCCCUGAUCCUGGUCGUGGGCAUCACCCUCAGCUUCAGCCUCUCCGUGCUGUGGAGGCUUCAGAGCCGGGCAUCCCAGCCCAAGAUGGAGCCGGCGGGGGGCAAAGGAGCGUGGCGGGACCCCAGACACCCCUGCCGGACCAUGGCCCAACACAGGAACCCCAUCCCCGAGGCCCCGGUGAUGGGGGCAGAGCAGUGCCGGGGGCUGGCGCGGAACUGGAGCGCGGGGACCCCCCCCGCCAGGCUGGACCAGGCCUGGAUCCUGAGGCAGCUGAAGCUGGUGCAGAGCUGCCCCUGGGUGCAUAACGCCAGCGCCCUGGGCCAGUACAGGGAGCCUCUGGGGCGCUGCUGUAACGCUUCCACCAACCUGCUGCUGACCCAGGACAACACCCCGCUGGGCUCCCAGAUCCUCUACGACGGACAGUGGGCCAAGAAGUAUCUGGUGAAGGAGGAGCUGCUGGAGAUGCUGCCACAGAGCUCCCCGUUUCAGGACGCCCCCUACGAGUGCUGCGCCGUGGUGGGGAGCGGGGGGAUCCUUCGUAACAGCAGCUGUGGCCCCGAGAUCGACCGCGCCCAGUUCGUCAUCAGGUUCAACCUGCCCCCCAUGGGCUUUGCCGAGGACGUGGGCACCAAAUCGAGCGUGGUCACCAUGAACCCCAGCAUCCUGCACGACCGGUUCAGGGGUCUGAGCCGCCGGCGACGCCCCUUCGCGGAGGCGGUGGGCACCUACGGGGCCCCGCUGCUCCUCAUCCCGGCCUUCAGCUUCGCCGGCAUCAGCGCGGUCUCGUUCCAGGCCCUUUACACCCUGGAGGACUUCGGCUCCCCGGCCCGGGCCCUCUUCAUGAACCCCGAGUACCUGGCGCGGCUGGCCGGGCACUGGCGUCGCCGUGGGCUGCGCGCCAACCGCCUCUCCUCGGGCUUCAUGCUGGUGAACGCCGCCCUGGAGAUGUGCCGGCACCUCACCCUCUACGGCUUCUGGCCCUUCCCCAACGACCCCCAGGGGCGGCCCCUGCCCCACCACUACUACGACAACCAGCCCCCCAAGCCGGGCUUUCACGCCAUGCCCGACGAGUUCGCCCGCUACCUGGGCCUGCACCUGCAGGGCGCGCUGCGGCUGCAUCUGGGGCGCUGCCGGUGAGGAGGCCGGGGCUUCGCCCCAUGGAACGAGGCCGCCCGGCGCGCCACGGCCGGCAUGGCUGGAGGGAGGACGUGAAGCUGGCCGGGCCCGGUAGAGCCACCGUCCGCCCUGCUCAAGCCCUGCCUCAGCGUCGACAAUCGCCCGGCCCCCGCCAGCCCCCGAGGAAGGCCAGCUUUCGACAACUUCACGGACCUAGAUGUUGCCGGGACCCGCCGCAUUCCCACCCAGCGCAAGAGCCUCCCGGCGUCGGUGGCCUCCGCUGCUGGGUUCCCCUUUCCUCACCCCGGUUACCCACCAAGUGCCCCCACCCCGUGGCUGGGGCCACGCUCCAGGGCCACCGGCAGCGAGCGGGACUGAUCCGCACCCCGCAAUUGCCCGCCAUCCUCGGCGUUCCUUGGCUGGUCGCCCAAGGCUCCCGCCUCCAGUGGGGACCAGGCACGGCGGCUGACUUCAAAGGCAGAUACCGGCCUGUCCCUCGCCCCUCCGUCCACGCUGGCUAUGCCGGAGAAAUAUCGAGACCGUGCUGACGUCUUUGAGAAAAGGAGAUGGAGGUCUCGCCGCCGGUUGGGAUCGUCCAUCAGCCGGUAGCGCCCGGGACUCCUGUUCCCUUUCCCGGGUUUCCUCCCUCUCGGGCCGCGUCAGGAAUACCCCUGUGAGCGCAGAGACGGGCUUUAUUCCUCCUUCGGCCUCUCCGGGGCGGGCGUUUCCCUGACCGAACACGAUGGGGCCCGGCACCCGGGCUGAUGACUGGAGGUUGCAGGGCCGGACCCUUUGAAAUCGCCACCCUUCGCUGAGGGCGGCGAGGUUUCGGCGGCUCCGUCGCGCGGCGGGAAGAGCGGCGCCCGGCCCCCACCGGCUGCAGCAAGAGGGGAUCGAGGUUUCACGUGUCUCAAUCCGUACAGCCGGCCGUGGUGACGGCGAAGCGUAACCUUCCGAGGCCCCGACACUCGUCCGUGGCUACGCGGCUCCCGGGGGAAGAAAGGCCGUUGGCAGCAGUUACCGCCGGCGGACGGCGGGACACGAAAACGGGCGUUUUUGGAGCGCUUCGGCCAGCGGCGAAUAGGCAGGAGAGGUGAGAGAAAGGGGACGGGGUCGGUGGAGCAUCACACAGGUCUUCAAUCAGGUCCAGCUUUGAUUGCGAGGCGGGUUUAAAAGCUGCGAUUGGUUCGAUCAGGGAAGGCGUAAAGGGGACUGGUGGGCCAGUAUGUCAAUGAUGCGGAUUGAAGAAAGAACCAAUCAGAAGAGGCUACAAAUCUGGCUCUAAGGCAGGGAGCCGGGGGGCUGCCAGGCUUUGUCACAGAGCCUUGGGUCUGAUUCGGGAGCGGGACGAUUGCCACUCGCUGAUGAAGGGUCUGGGGAGACUUCACUUGGCAAGAGCAUUUCUUCAGCUGGGCCCUCGUGGAGACGACAGUCUGCUUCGCGUCAGGGAAGGUGACAAGCAAGCCCGGCUAGAAACCCGCCGGGGGAGAGGGUACCCCAGUUCGGAGCGUGUGAGGGGGUACGGGGGCUCUCUGGUUGGCCAGAGAGUCCCCAGGGGACGGCUCUGCUCUGAACUACGCCUCUGGGUCUUCCUGAGUCUUGACUCCGGCUCGACUGCCUUCCGACCUCCAGGCCUGGCUACCCCGUGGCUCUGAGCAUUAGCCGCCACUGCCCACACCCCAGUCGUGUCCCUGACCAGCCAGGGGGUCCUGUGUGCAAUAAGCCACCCACCCCUCAAUACCAGCCCACUCUCCCCCAGAUCCUGGAGAUAGAAAACAUCCAGUGGUGAGCGUUAGACAUUCGUUAGUUGGCCUCUUUUCAAGGCUAGUCAAUGAAUGCAGGUCAUUAAAAGCUGUUCGUUCGUUG